UACAAGUAUUUUGUACAAGCAGUUAUGUACAGAAUCACUAUAAAUAAGAAGAAAAGCGCCUCAUUAAACUGUCAUUUUCAAGAUCAAGAAAGUUAAUCUGUUGACCCUUUGUAUUUUAUUUCGUGGAAACGUUACAAGGUGCUUUUUAUUUUAAUUGCUGCUUUUAAAGCAACAUAAGUUUAUUUUCUUUAGGAUUUUGAGAUAACUUGUCUAGUAUAUACAUUGUGUUUAUUUUUCUUUUCUCUUUUAACAUCUCUGCUUUUAACGUCUCUUGACGUCACCUGUUGAAUACGACUUGAUUAGACCUAACCUAUUUUGAUGAAGUGUUGAAUGGUGUUGAGUGUUUUCGAAGAACAGAAACGAUUUUUAUGGUCUGAAAACAAAUUACAAUUUAAUUCAUGGCUUUUCCACAACCCAAUUCUAGAGAACUGCAAAAUAGGAAAAUCUUGGAAGAAUUACAGUUAAAGAAGCAAUUACUUUUGAAGCAAGGAGUGGCACCAUCACUGGGGACACCAUUGGCCGUUCCUCCUGCUAGUUCCGCUUCUGGUUUGCCUACAGCUCCAGCUACCGAUGGCGUAACAAUGAGUGCAUCUCAACGUGCAGCUCUUCAUAAUGCUCAUGCUGCUUCGGCUGGAUAUUUUGUUACUCAGGACUCAUCUUUUGGCAAUCUAAUUUUACCGGUACUUCCUCGGUUUGACGCCAAGUGAUCUUUCAUUAAAAGAGA